CCACAAGAGAUGUUGUGGUGUUGGUGGGGGGAGACAAAUACUUGGUCUCUACUUUUUUACAUCAGGGGGUCUCAAUAAGUCCCUUCCACCGAAGUUUUCAAAUGAUUCCGAUUGAUGAAAAACGUUCACCAGAUGGAAACGAAGUGCGUAAAGACGCAACAUAAAGCCAUUAUUAUUGCCACGAACGGCUGGCAGAUUCCAAAGAGGACAUUUUGCAUGAGGGCAGAGUGUUUAUUUGUGUUUAUAAGGAUCGGACAUUUCACUUCUCUCCCCCUUCUAACCUCUUGUGUAGCUUUAACAUGACGAUAUACUGAGACAGCAGCACUGAGCCAGACGGCUGGAGAACUUCUCCGAUUUGAGCGUGCCAAGUGAAGGGAGAGCAAAACAUGGCUGGUUUAAUGGCAGGUUUUGGUCACUACACCCACGCCGUCGUCCGGGGAAUCCCCGCGUCCCUGGCCAAAGAAGCGCUCCGGAGCAGCCAGGCGGAGGUGGACCUGGCCAAGGCGCAGAGGGAGCACGAGGCGUACGUCGAGGUCCUGGGGACGAGGCUCGGGCUGGAGGUGGUCGAGCUCCCCGCGGACGAGUCGCUCCCGGACUGCGUGUUCGUGGAGGACGCGGCCGUGGUGUGCGGUGACACGGCGCUCAUCACCAGACCCGGGGCAGAGAGCAGGAGGAGAGAGACGGAGUUAAUGAAAGGAGCUCUGAAGGAUUUGAAUCUGAACAUUGUGGAAAUGGCCGACGAGAACGCCACAUUGGAUGGAGGAGAUGUGCUUUUUACGGGUCGAGAGUUUUUUGUGGGCCUUUCCAAACGGACCAAUCAGAGAGGAGCAGAGAUCCUUGCAGAUGCCUUUAAGGACUACGCCGUGUCGACCGUGCCUGUGCUGGAAGGGCUGCACCUGAAGAGCUUCUGCAGUAUGGGAGGACCAGGCCUCAUUGUCAUCGGCUCCAGUGAACCAGCACAGAAAGCCCUCAAAAUCAUGCAGCAAAUGAGUGACCAUCGCUAUGAUAAACUGACGGUACCUGACGACCUCGCUGCCAACUGCGUCUAUAUGAACCUACCUAAUAAGGGACAUGUGCUUCUGCACUGCACAGCAGAGGAGUUUCCAGAGAGUGCAACGGUGUUUGAGAAGUUGAAAGACCACAUGCUAAUCCCUGUGUCCAACAUGGAGAAGGUCAAAGUGGACGGAGCCCUCACAUGCUGCUCUGUACUCAUCAACAAGAAGGCCAACAUCUGAGCGUGCUCACUAGGGGCUCUCUCAGUGCAUGGUAACCAAGCAGAGCCUGUAUCCGAUCACCAAGGAUCCCAAGGAUUAGCAAAACUAUCUUUGUACUUGGAGGAAGGACAGGCAAGUUUGUUGUUGCUGAGGGACAAAGAAAAUAUAAAUCUGAGGGAGUCAUCUGGUCUCCCUUUCCCCCAAAAACACUAAAAUUAUAUUAAAACACUCAAAUUACAUUAAAACACUCAAAUAGCAUUAAAACACUCAAAUUACAUUAAAAGGUCUUUUAAGAGUGUUAAUAGUUCAGUUGACAUAAAACACAGUUAAAAAUUUGUCUCUAAAAGAAUUAGGAUAAUACAUUAAAGCUAGUCUUACUUUUCUCUUGAUUUGGAUAUAUUCUAAUAUUUUCUACAAAAAUCUGAAAACAAAGCAAAAUAUUUUGCAGUUUAGAUAAGGGGUCAAAAAUUCACCCCAUGUCAAGCCAUAUAUGAUUUUUUGACAGUAUGUGUUUCUAAGUAACUAGUCUAUAAACUAUUUUUAAAAAAAUUCAGAUUAAUUACAAAUACUAAUAAAAGAAGAUCUGAUCCCAGAUCAGAGAAGUAGAGCCAUGUUGAGCCACCCCCCACCCAACUACCGCUCAUGUGUAGACCAAUCCUCGCUUACUGUUCGAUGUUUACAACCCUUUAAGAGAACCACAUAGAACAGAGCACUGGACAAACAAAACCAGAUAGAUCUGUUUGAGAUUUUUUGUUGCCAUUGAAAAAGGAGUCUAACCAACACUUCACUGCAGGUUUAUGAAUUACAUAACUAACACAUAAUGCAAACAGUUGGUUUAUACUGUUCACAUGCACCAUUUUAACUGUGAUUUAAUUUUGUGUGUAUUUGGUUAUAUAAUGCAAUUGCGAUUCAGUUUGUAAUUCACUUUUCAAGAACUGCCUUUUGGUGCAAGAUGGAGGACAAAAAUCCUGCUACUGCUGUAAAUCUCACUGUCAGCAUUGCUAUUUAGCAGUUUUUAACUGGUAUUUUAAAUUCCUGUGGUUUCUUUACAGUUGGUGCUGAGUAAAUUUCAUCACUGUGCAUAAUUUCAAAACCACUGACACACUAUUGUGUACUUUAUUGAAAUGCAUGACUGAAUUUUAGGUUGUUUUGUCACUGUUUGAAAAUACAGUUCUUGUAAAGCCUUCUUUAGAUACAAGCUUUUGGUAUGAUCGCAGUGUCAUAAUUUGUGUUUUUGUGAUUGAUAUUGAAAUUACUGCCAUUGAGACCUGAGGUGCUCCUACUUUUCAUGACUGUUUUUUGCUAACCAUGCUAUUGAUCGUGCAGUACUGGAGACGAUUCUUGACUGAUCUCAAUAAUUGCCACCAGCUAGAGAAGCUAAAAGUAGCGUAUUGAUUUAUUCUACAAGGACCAUGGGUCAUUUUGUGUAAGCAAUUUUGCAUCCCUCCUGCCUUUUGUUUAGAUCUGUGUGGGGAUGCAAAUCUGUUCCAACCCUACAGAGGACAGAUAGCAGCUGCCCCUGUGGGAAAAUGUACUGUAUGUUUUCAUUAUUAUAAGGUGAACCAAGCAUUCAUUUAUUCCAACAUAACACCUCUUCUCCUUUAAAUGUACAAUGCCUGUAUGGAAAACCAAUGAGGUCACUCCUGCUGAAUGAUUCUGAAGGCACUGUAGUUUUCACACACCAUUGGUUCUGCCUGUGUUGUUGAUUACACCGGUUCUCUUUUUUUUUCCUGUCUGGUCGUUUUUACUCGAAAACUGACUGAAAACAUGCUGUGAAGCUGAUGUCUGUUCCACUUAAUCCAAAAACACCAAAUGUGAAUGCAGUGAGAGAGUUUGCACUCUGCAUGCAGAACAAGCUAACUGCCCCUGUUUGGUGUGUUUCCAUGUGUAUUCACAGUGGUAGCUGCCAGCAGGAGUUUAGAGCAGUGCUUCUCAACCAGGGGUCCAGGGACCCCCAGGAGUCUUUAAAUUGAGUUUCAGGGGGUCCCCAGAAAAAUGGGGAGUAUUUUAAUUCCACUAUUAUUUGAUUCACUAGAAGUUAGCCCAAUGAGAUAUGUAUAAGAAUGACUCUUCUUCUUCUCUUAAUUGUUAAUCUGCCAAUCUGCAGAUAGAAAAUCAUGGUAUAACCACAUUUUACUAGACAUGGAUUCCUCAGACUAAAAUGUUAUCAAAUACGGGUCCACAGUCUGAUGUGUAUCAAUUUGUGGGUCUUUGACACCUAAAAGGUUGAGAAACACUGGUUUAAAGGGUUUUGUAUGAGCUCUGUUUUGGUGGCCUUAUCUGUGUUGUAGUUUGAUUUAUGUUUGAGGCCUGUAGAUAUGUUCACUGUACAUACACUAUACUGUACACGUUUAAGCCCGUCACAUCUGAAACCAUGUUGUUUCUCAGUGUGAUUGUAAGUGAAAGUUGAGUAAAUGACAUCAGGAGGUGAUUCAGCCUCCCUCUAAAGACGUUUGUGUAUGGGCAAGCGGGCAGUGAUGAUGAAACACGGAAAGAAUUCCUGUUGGGAGGAGAGGCUUGUACACCAGUAAACACUGACUCUCUUAAACUUUCUCUGUCUUUCUCUUGACUGUCUCACUCUCAGCACUCACUUUCUCCCACCCUCUGCUAUUGCCUCAUAGGCGAUCUGGGCUAAUUUAUGGCUAUGAUAUCAUACAGUCUGGCGAACACUGUAGAUGUGAUGGCCUGCCGUUAAAAGUGUGACACUAGUAGUAUAUUUUACAGAAGGCGGCUGGCUGGGUGCUGGGUGAUAGCAUAGUUGCAGAGCAUCCAGUUCUGAUUCUCACCCACUUACUCCAGAAGGCUGAGCCAGGCAGGACCAGUCAUACACUGUAUGAUUGGUACAAUGUCAAACAUUGGAUUUUACACAAGUAAAGCCAUUUCACCUAAAAUUGUCAUCGAAUCUCACAUUGCUCUAAAUCACCUAUCACUUGUACAGCUCUGGGGCACCAUAACCAUUUCCUAUCUGAUUUAAAAUCAGAAAACAUUUAAUACAUACUUGGCUCUUGGCUGGCAAGGCUGGAUGUGAGUAACGGCUCCUGAAAAAGUGUACUGACUUUGUUGAAGCCUUUUUUAUCCUUUUACUAAUCCCUUCACUCAUCCCAGUAGUCACUGAUGUUGUGUUUCCAACUCAGGUCUCUUGGUUUUCAUACAAGUUGUGAGUAAUGAUUAUUUGAGUCAUCUUAAAUUGAGCUGUUCGUCUACUUUGUGUAAUAAAUUAACAUCUAGCAUUCAA